CUGACCCGGGAACAAGAAAACCUGGUAAGAGAAGCCGAAAAUAAGUUGACCCCGGCUGAGAAAGAAAGAGUUCGGACUAGAUGGAACAUACCUAGUCGUCCGUCAUCCGACGGCAGUGAGUCGGAGGAGUCCCAAGUAGCUGGACCCUCCAAGGACAAAGGAAAGGUCCCGGACCCCAGGAAUUGGGGCAACGCCAACCUCGAUGAGGAAGAUAUUGACCUGGAGGCCCAACAUGCUGCACUGGCG